AUGAACGUAUCGUUGCCAGAAAAUGCAAGUGAUUUCAUUAAGCCGAGUAGUUUCGGCCUUCGAAGGUUCAUAUAUUAUUUUCUUGCGAAGUUUUUAAAGAAAUGUUUUAUUUGUUAUUUUCUUUUUUUCAGGUCGUAUAAAUCAAUAAAUAUUUCUGCAGACAAGUGGUUACUUUCAAUGGAUGAAAAAUCUGUUGCGAAAUUAGAUAAUCCACCUUCACUUACUGACGGUUUGGAUAAGAAAACAGAACAAGAUUUACGAUAUUUGGGUUGCGAAAUUAUCCAGUCUGGUGCAAUUUUGUUGCGCAUUCCACAGGUUGCUGCAGCUACCGCUCAGAUUCUUUUUCAGCGUUUUUAUUACCAGCGUUCAUUUGUCCGGCAUCAUUUUGAGUUCACGGUUAUGGCAUGUCUUCUAUUAGCAAGCAAAAUCGAAGAAGCUCCUCGAAGACCUCGAGAAGUCAUAAACGUGUUUCAUCGACUGGAGCAUUGGCAUGGGAAAAAAAAUGAAUCUAAAAAGUAA